AUAACUCCAGCAGAGGUGCACCCCAAAUUGGCGGGAGUUCCAAAUUCCGUUUGGGCAAAGGGUAAACAUGAUGUGGGCCUAAUAAAGAAUGCUGAACCAGUGGUGAUCACCCCCAAAUCGGAUUUCAGGCCUAGGCAGACCCAGUAUCCACUCAAACCAGAAGCAAUUGCAGUUAAGAAGGCAAGAAAAUCGUCUCAGCCCGAUGAGUGGAGGUUUGUCCAAGAUCUGCAAGCAGUCAAUGCUGCGGUUGUUCCGCGCGCACCUGACGUCCCUAACCCAUACACCAUUUUGGGCCAGGUGCCCGCUGACAGUAAGUGGUUUUCAGUGGUGGAUCUAGCAAAUGCGUUCUUUUCUAUUCCUAUACAUAAAGACAGCCAGUAUUGGUUUGCCUUUAUGUAUGAUGGUCGUCCAUACACUUUCACUCGUUUGUGCCAGGGUUACUGUGAGUCCCCAACCAUAUACAACCAGUGCCUUAGAGACAGCCUCGCUUCGUUAACUUUGUCACCGAGAUCAGCUUUGCUGCAGUAUGUUGACGAUUUAAUGAUUUGUGCCCCAACUAAAGCUCAAUGUGAGGAUGACACCAUAAUGCUACUGCGACACCUCGCUAAGGAAGGUCAUAAGGCUAGCCUCACAAAAUUACAGUUUGCAAAACAGAAGGUGCAUUUCUUGGGGCAUGAUAUCACAGGGGAGGGAAAAACGCUGUCUGCGGACAGAGUCUCAGCUAUUCAGAAAAUUCCCAAGCCGAUCACUGUGAAACAAGUUUUGUCAUUUUUGGGUAUGUGUUCCUAUUGCAGAGCAUUCAUUCCGAAUUAUUCCAUCCUGGAAAGUCCAGUGAGAGAGCUCGUGCACGGUUCGUCCCUCACUGCUUCAUCACCUGUCGUAUGGACACCAGAAGCUGAAGAAGCAUUCCUGGCCCUAAAAGGCGCCCUGCAGACCACACCCACACUGGGACUGCCUGAUCCCAAUAAACCAUUUGUUCAAACUGUAGAUGAAAAGAAGGGCUUUAUGACCUCUGUUCUUUUGCAGAAACACGGGGAUAGAUUGAGACCUGUAGCUUACUUCUCCAGCAGGCUGGAUCCAGUGGCGGCUGGACUUCCUGUUUGCCUGCGUGCAGUUGCUGCAGCUGAAAAGGCGGUAACUGCCUCCAGAAAUAUUGUGGGGUAUUCUAACCUCACCCUUUUGGUCCCACAUGCUGUCUCCCUGCUUCUGUUGGAGAAAAAGACGUCACAUUUGUCAGCACAGAGAUGGUUGAAGUAUAACACAGUCAUACUUGAUAUGCCUAACAUCACUGUGAAACGUUGUACUGUUCUGAAUCCUGCCUCUCUUCUCCCUACAGAGGACGAUGGAGAGCCACAUGACUGUGUUGCUCUCACUAACGAUUUUUGUUCCCCCAGGGCAGACUUAAAGAGCGACCCUUUGGAAAAUCCAGACAUGAUCCUCUAUGUGGAUGGUUCAGCCUCCAGAGACCCAGAGACGGGAAAGAACAAAGUAGGUUUUGCCGUAGUCUCAGAUCACGAGGUCCUCAAGGCGUCACGUCUGCCCUCGAACCUGUCGGCGCAGGCUGCAGAGCUCUGUGCCCUCAUUGAGGCAUGCAAAUUGGCGGCAGGGCAAUCUGUCAAUAUUUUUACGGACAGUAGGUAUGCAUUUGGCGUUGUGCACGAUUUUGGCACCAUUUGGAAACAUAGAAAUUUUCUCACUAGCACAGGAUCUCCCAUUGCACAUCAUAAAUUGGUCUCUGAGUUGUUGGAUGCUGUUCUACUCCCUAGAGCUAUUGCUGUGUGUAAGUGUGCUGCCCAUACUAACAAUACUGAUCUUGUGUCUCAAGGGAAUGCCAGGGCGGACGUGGCAGCUAAGUGUGCAGCCUCGGCUUCCAGUUCACCCUCUAACCUUGCCUUUCCUCAGGUUUCUACCCCUUGUUUACAGCUAGCGGACCUUCAGAGCACUGCCACCCAGGACGAGAGACGAGUCUGGAAACAGGCAGGCUGUAUCCUUGCAAACUCGGUCUGGGUUUGUCCCUCGGGCCGUCCCUGUCUACCAAAAUACAUGUUCCCUUUCUAUGCAAAAUUGGCACAUGGGCUCACCCAUGUGUCAAAAGGGGGGAUGGUAGCAGAAGUAACAAAGAGAUGGUUCACAAAGGGGUUUUCAAAUUAUGCUGCAAAAUUUUGCAAGCAAUGCUUGAUAUGUGCACAACAUAAUGCAGGUCAAGGUAUCAGACUAACUCAAGCAGCACACCCAAUACCAGACAAACCAUUUGAUCACCUCCAAAUGGACUUUAUUGAACUGACACCUAGUGAAGGGAAAAGGUACUGCCUGGUAAUAGUUGACAUGUUUUCAAAAUGGGUAGAAGUAUUCCCCACAGCUAAACAAGACUCAGAGGCAGUAGUCAAAGCACUCCUGAGAGAUGUAAUUCCUAGGUGGGGUAUACCUAGCAAAAUCUCAAGUGACAAUGGAACACCCUUUGUUAAUGCAGCCCUAAAGAAAAUAGGAGCAUUCCUAGGGAUAGACCUGAAACAACAUUGUGCCUAUCAUCCUGCCAGUGCGGGAGCAGUAGAGAGGGAAAAUGGGUCACUUAAAAAUAAACUAAGCAAAGCUUGUGCAGAAACAGGGCUAGGAUGGACAAAGGUCCUCCCUGUAGCACUCACACAAAUGAGGAUGCAAACUAGGCCUAAACAUGGGUUAAGCCCAUUCGAAAUUCUGUUUGGACGAGUACCCAACACGGGGAUAGGGCUAGCUCAAGGAACACUGCCGGACACCACACUGUGUGAUGAUGCAAUGUUGAAUUACUGUGCAACGUUGUCCUCUGCUUUGAAAUCUAUCCACAAACAGGUAAAAGAAGCACUUCCCAAACCCGCUGAGGGACCUCUGCACGAUCUACAACCAGGGGAUUGGAUCGUGGUGAAGGAUUUCCGACGAACCAAGUGGAACAAGCCACGGUGGAACGGCCCAUUCCAGGUCCUGCUCACGACCCCAACGGCAGUGAAAGUCACAGGCAGAGUGACGUGGAUCCACACUAGCCACUGCAGGAGGGUUCCUGAACCGGCUAAGCAGGAGGGAAAAGAAGGCCUAAGUGACCCAGAUGCUGACUAAAGCUCGAGGAGAAAGAAGUGUUAAUUAAGUACAUCUGAGGACAGAACCCCAACCAUAAGGUGGGACAAGUGGUAACCCGAGACUCAGGAGGAGAGGUAAGCGAUUGUCAUUCAGAAGGUGCCCUACAUGACC